UUGGCAACACAAAUAAUUCGACAUAAACAAAUCUCGUCGUCCAGGUUAUAAAAUUUAGUUUCUUUUCGUUUCUAUUUCUAUCGAAAUUCAAUAACUAAAUUUUUAUAGAGACUUCAAAAUUCUAGUCAUUUUAAACCACUCGAUCUCGAUGUUUAAAAAUACUUUUCAAUCUGGAUUUCUCUCGAUUCUCUACAGCAUUGGCAGCAAACCAUUGCAAAUUUGGGACAAAAAAGUUCGAAAUGGCCACAUUAAGCGAAUCACCGACAAUGAUAUACAAAGUUUGGUUCUGGAAAUAGUCGGAACAAAUGUUAGCACAACAUUCAUAACAUGUCCGGCGGAUCCGAAGACAACAUUGGGCAUAAAAUUGCCCUUUCUUGUGAUGAUUAUCAAGAACCAGAAGAAAUAUUUCACAUUCGAAGUCCAGGUCUUGGAUGAUAAAAACGUUAGGAGAAGAUUCAGAGCUAGCAACUACCAAUCGACGACAAGAGUGAAGCCAUUCAUCUGCACGAUGCCCAUGCGACUGGAUGAAGGCUGGAAUCAGAUUCAGUUCAAUCUGUCUGACUUUACCCGCCGAGCCUAUGGAACCAACUAUGUAGAGACCCUCCGAGUGCAGAUACACGCAAAUUGCCGCAUCAGAAGGGUGUACUUUUCGGAUAGACUCUACUCGGAGGAUGAGCUACCACCGGAAUUCAAGCUUUUCCUACCCAUUCAGAAGCCCGUGGCGAAAUCGAGCCAGCAGGUGGCCUUAGUUUAAGCAGCAGACAUCAAACAGACACGCAUCUAUCUCUAUAUCUAGGACAAUGAAUCACUCUAUAAGUUUUUAAUAAAAUACAUUUGCACAAGAGUUUUA